AUGCCAAAAUCUGAUCCCAGUCAAGAGGUGGAGGCCAGUCGAGCCAGAGGACCAGGUGUACAUCACCGUCCUUUGAGGAGGGUGGCACAAGAACGAGGAGAAGACCUGAACACUUUGGUCCUGGUGACAUCUACUUCAAUGCAGGAAGAGGGCAAUAUGAUGUGGCGUCAUCUACCGCUGACUGCCCAUAAAAAACAAGGGAGAGAGGCUGGAGACAACAAUGAGGGUGAAGGUCAAACUGGUGCCAGUACAGCUGUGAGAAGAAGUGGGAGACAUUGUCAUCACGGGUGA